AAAUCGGCACUGAUGACGUGACGGAUGAAAAGAUGGCAGCGGAUAUCACAUUGCUAUUUCGAGCGAGUGUGAAAACUGUGAAAACUCGGAACAAGGCGAUCGGAGUCAACGCUGAGCCAGUCAAGGAGGAAAUUCUGAGGAAGGGUAGGACCAGGCUGGAGUUCAGCGCCCGAGCGCGAGAAGUGCUCACCAACAUUAGCAAAUUGAAAGAUUUUCUGUUGGAGCAUAGAAAAGAUUACAUCAAUGUCACCAGUUUUGGAAUGACGGAAUAUUCUCGUAUGACAGACACCGAACGUGACCAGAUUGACCAGGAUGCACAGAUUUUUAUGAGAACCUGCUCUGAUGCCAUCCAACAGCUGAAGGCAGAAGCAAUCAAGAAUGUAAGUUCUCCCCAAGUAAAGGAGCAUCGAGAAGGUGUUUUAGACCUGCUUGAAGCUUACCUGAAAAAUGUUUGUAAAGUGUACUCCGAACAAAGAGCAAUUCGUGUCAAACGUGUGGUGGAUAAGAAAAGACUGUCAAGACUUGAGCCUGAACAGCGUAGCAAAAAGGUGUCAGUUUCAUCUUCAGAGAGAAUUCCUCCAACUGGGUCUGAAAGUUUGGAGGAGUUAGUUUUAAAAGAAGAAAGCAAUGGAAACAUGUUUCCAGAGCCACAGGAUAAUUUAGGUCUUUGGAAUGAUGCAAAGAGUGAUGAACUUUCACCGGAAGAAAUACAAAUAUUUGAACAAGAAAACCAGCGCCUUGUCAGUGAGAUGAAUAGCCUGGUGGAUGAAGUGAGGCAAAUUGAGGGAAAAGUGGUUGAAAUCUCGAGACUUCAGGAAAUUUUUACUGACAAAGUUCUGCAACAGGAAAAAGAGAUAGACAACAUUCAUGAACUAGUUGUGGGUACAACUGAAAAUGUUAAGGAAGGGAAUGAAGAUAUUAGAGAGGCAAUAAAAAAUAACGCUGGAUUUCGCGUCUGGAUCCUCUUCUUCCUAGUGAUGUGUUCAUUCUCUCUACUUUUCCUCGACUGGUAUGACAGUUAGCAAAUGGUGACAGUCAAGGUUUCUAUUUUGCUGCAUUUAUUAAAACUUGAAGGAAUUUAUUGAAAUUAAUUAACAUAUCUUGCCCACAGGAGAAUGCCUAAUGCAAAAUAGGCAUCUUAAAUCUGCACUUGCGCUGUGGUGCAGCACGAUUUUGCAAUAUUAUUUAAUAUAACUUGUCUGUAAAUCGAGUAUUUAGUGACAAACUUCAGUGACCAUUCAAACAAAAUUCUGCUAGAAAGCUAAAAUACAUGUUUUUUGUCAUAGAUCAUGUAUUGUUGUUAUGUCAAAUGAUGGUGAUUUAUAAUUCAAAAGCUUUGAAAUAAACUCAUUAAUAGAAACAUCAAGCAACACUCACUUGUGUGUUUUUCAAUGUAGUACUUUUAGUGCCAGAGUUACAGUAAAUGACGCAUUGCUCCCACAAUAAAUAAAUGAAGUUUUUGGUUUCUUUAUAAAACAGUAUUUGUCAUC